AUGUUGAAGAUGUCGUUUUCAAAGGCGAAGUUGAAGAGAUUUAACGAUGUGCCAGCCGUUUCUUCUCCUUCGGCGUUCGCGGAACCGAAAGAGAAAGAUGUGCCUAAGAAAUUGAAAAAGGAAGAUAAAAUCAAGGUCGGUGGAAGUAUGGACGCUGAGUCGAUUAAAACGACCCGAAGUGCCCUAAGUCUGUUCCGGACACCUUCGUUGCCUCGUCGGCUCAAAUUUAAGCACAUCUCCGACCUGACACCCAAAAAAGCGUCCGGUAAGGAGGAAAAAGCCAAUCGCCUUGCCGCAGAGGACCCGCUGAAGCCGUCCGGUGCGUCUGGUGAGAAGAGCAUGGAAAGUGGCAUCAGCAAGCUGCCCCCGAUCGUACAACUGUACAACAAGAUCGACGUCAAUAAGGAGGCACUCGGAAAGGCACGCGAAGAAAACGAGGAGCUGAAGGGUAAGAUUCGGGAGCUGCGUGCCGAGCAGUAUCGGGCGGAAGUGGAGCGGCUGAACCUGCUGGCCGAAAAGGACCACCAGAUCGAGCUGCUGGAGCGCGAGCUGACGAGCAUCACGAAGGCGGAUGAGCUGUUGCAGAACAUUGCGGAGGGAUGUCUGGAGAAGGUGAAGGAGUACGAGCGGGAAAUUCAAGGACUGCAUCAGAGCUACGAGAAGCAACUGUGCGAGAUGCACGAUGCCAAGGUGGAGCUGGAGAUCCGGUACGAUGAGCUGCUGGAGUCGCACCGGCUGCUCCGGGAGGACCACGAUGUCAUGGAAGGGGAGAAUCUCUUCCUGAACGAGGAAACGGGCGCACUUCGCGAAAUUCUCGAAGCAACGGAUAUGGAACUGCAACGCAAGGGCGACGAGGUGCAGGCGAUGCAGGACAGUUUGGAUGAGUUGAUUGUAGAGGGGCGUGAGCUGAAGGAACAGGUGCGAUACCUCAAAGCCCAGGCCGAGGAGGACAUGAUGCGAUACGUCGAGGAAGGUCGAAACACGAUCCGUGAGAUCGAUCAGCUGAAGCAGGACAAUGCCCGGCUGCUGGCGUCCCUGUCCGAGCGUGACGCCAUCGUUGCGGGUAUGCAGGAGGAACUGAACGAGCGCCAGUUCGAGAUGGACGAUUUGCGUGCCGACAUCCGGAACGAGUUCAGUCAGGAGUUGGCUGCAACGGUCAAGAAGUACGAGCAGCAGAUUGCCACCAUAACCGAGCUGAACGAGAUGAAGAUCCGCGAGUGUGAAUCGAUCUUUGUGCUGGAGAAGUCGAAGCUAAUCAAGGAACACUCCGACCGGAUAAAGCAGCUGGAGAAGGACCAGCUGCGUGAAAUCGAGCGAAUCGGUGAGCAGGCGGAGGAGAAGAUUCGCAUCGCGGACAUCCAGAACGAGGAGCGCGUAAAGGCGCUGGAACUAUCGAUCCAGGGAUCAAUCUCGGCGGCGCUCGCUAGCGAGAAGCAACACUGGCAGAAGGAGUUGGACAAGUGUCAGAAAAUUGCCGAAACGGAAAUCAUGCAGUGCGAGUUUGAGAAGCGUGACUUGCGCACCCUCUGGGAGGCUUCCAACGAGGUAAUCAAGGACAACGAGUGCAAGAUAGCGGAGCUGGAGCGCCGCCUGCAGCUGGAAUUGCAGGUACCGGGUGGAAAAUCUCGUGACGAGCUAGAGGCGGAGCUGCGUGAGUUGGCAUUGGAAUGUUCCCGGGUGAAAACGGAGAAGUACAACUACCAGCUGACGCUCAACAACACGCGUUCCACCGUGAACAUCUUGAUGGAGCGACUGAAAAAAUCGGACAGCGAUGUAGAGCUGCUAAAGGCCGAACUGGAGCAGGUCCUGCGCAACAAGACCGAAAUGGAGACGGAUAACAACAAGCUGCGCGAGGAGAUCACCGAGUACCAGCGGGUUCUUGGAGCGCUGCGUGCCUCCUCCAGCCUGCUCGAGAAGGAGAUGCGCGAGAAAGAGGUUGUGUUCGAAAAGUUGAUGAAUUCCGAGGAGGACGCCAUCCUGACGGUUUCCCAGAUCGGAAAGCUGUUCAGCGAUCGGAUGGAAGCCGGCAUGGGACGCUACUUAGAGAUGUACGAGGACCUCAAGAAGAAGCACGACGCCAGGGAAGCGUACAUUCAGGACCUGAAGGCACUGCUGGAUGAGUUUGCAAACGGCAUCGAGCUGGCGCGGAUCGAGUUGGACACGAAGGACAAGAAAAUUUUCGAUCUAGAGAAUGAAAACAAAAAUAUCAAGCUCGAAAACAUGACGUUCCGGUUUAAAUGUGAACAGUUUGAGAAGUACAAUAACCAGAACGAAAAUCAAAAUCCACAGCCCCCGUCCGAGGUUCAGUCGGAAGAUGACGAGCGGCUGGUGCCCAAUUUCUUGAUUGAAAAUAUCAUCAACCAGCUCGAACAGGAAGGUGUAUGCGCAAACGUUACCGAUAAUUCUGCCCUGGAAACUAUCCAUGAAUUGAUGGUCGACGGAAAUGGGAUUCUGCCAGUCGAUCCGAGCUGCAAAUCGGUUAUGAAUGAUAAGAUUAAGCAGCCUCAGCAGACGCUAUGCAUAGCUGAAGACAUUGGAAAAGAAAACCAAAAUAACCGCCAAAAUGUGAAAAAUGUCGAAUCCAGCAAGGACCAACAGCAACUUAAAGCAAAAAUUGCCAAGCUACAAGAGUUGAACAGAAAGCAGGAGAGCACGAUUAUCAACUUGCAGCAGCAACUUUCUUCGUUCGACUCUCCACAGAAGUUGAAUACUUCGUCCAAGUUUCUAUCAGCUACCGCCAGCCCAAAGACACCGAAAAAGAUGAUCGUCUCGCCGUUCCCGGGCAAGGAAAAUCGGUCGCCGGCCCAGGUCGGUGUGUACAGUCCACGGACGAACGUACUACGGGCACGAAACAACUGA